GGCACAGCAUUUCAAAACAAGGAACCUGUGCUGUCAAGGAGGGAGACACCGAAUUAAUGAGUUUAGGACAAAGUUAGCGAGCUAGCUAAGCUCACUUAGCUAAUCAACGACAAUGCCUCAUUAUAGUAGCUAAGUAUUUCGCUAACUAGCUGGUUAGCAAACGUCUGCCAUACUUAAGUUAACACCAGUAAGGAUGGAUUCUGAUGGCACUGAGAAACUUAACUCUCACCUUAAGAAACCUUUUAAAGAACACACCGCCCAGAAUUCACUGGACACUAAAAAGACAGGAUGUUGCUCUUUCCUGCUCCUGGCCUCAGUGGUGGCCACUGUAAGCGGAUUCAUGUUGGGCUACGAAAUGGGUCUCAUUUCUGGGGCCCUCCUCCAGCUGCGGGAAAUUCUAUCCCUCACAUGUCAGAGACAGGAAAUGGUGGUGAGCUCCUUGUUAUUUGGGGCCUUGGUGAUUUCUCUAGGAGGAGGAUUUAUACUUGAUCAUUACGGGAGGAAGUUCACCAUAAUUCUGACAGCUGUCUUCACCAUAAUCGGAACUGUCAUCCUGAUAGGCUUUGUCUCCUACACCACGCUUAUCAUAGGCCGUGCUGUGGUGGGCAUGGCUGUGGCGCUGUCCGGCACAGCAUCCUGCCUUUACAUAGCGGAAAUUGCCCCGAAGAACAAGCGGGGGCUUCUGGUGUGCCUUUAUGAACUGAUGGUUGUUAUUGGCAUUCUGCUUGGGUUUGGUUUUAGCUACUCCUUUGCCGCUGUUCCAGAGGGCUGGAAGUAUAUGUUUGGCAUUGCCAUCCCGCCAGCGGUUCUCCAGGCGAUCACUAUGCUGUUUCUGCCGGUUAGUCCGCGCUUCUUAAUGAAGAAGGGCAAGAACCAAGCUGCCCUUGAGGUCCUGAUCCAACUGCGGGCCUCUCAGGCUGAGGAGGAGCUGCAAUGCAUCCAGACCACUCUGAAGGAGGAGAGCCAGCACAGCUUCCUGGACCUCUUCAGAACAAAGGACAACAUAAGAAUGAGGCUGAUGAUUGGGGUGGCGCUGGUCUUCUUCCAGCAGGUGACGGGGCAGCCCAACAUCCUGUUCUACGCCUCAACUAUUUUGAAGUCUGUCGGCUUCCACAGCAACGAGGCAGCCACGCUGGCAUCCACAGGCCUGGGCGUGGUGAAAGUGGCCAGCACCAUUCCUGCGGUCCUGCUGGUGGACCGUGUGGGGAGCAAGGCUUUCCUGUGCAUUGGAUCAGUCAUUAUGACUGUGUCACUCGCCACUCUGGGAGUGGUGACACUACAGAGUCACACAAAUGUCAUUAGCAUCUGUCAAAGCCCCAUCAGCCUUAACCAGACCCACUGGCUGUACAACACCUCUACAGUAAGAGGAGAAGGUGACCUCAGAGUGACCUCAGACUUUCCGCCUGUCCUCACAAAUGCUGCAAACAUCAGCAAUGCCAGCAGCGGAUGGAUGACCAGAGAAGGAUGGAAUCAUGGGGUUGGAGAAAGUGUUGUGAAGACUGCCGAUGUAGGUCUAAUCCAGAGAGAAGUGUCUGGUGCCUUAAAGUGGCUGUCCCUGGUUAGCCUGCUUUUUUAUGUGGCUGCAUUUUCCAUAAGUCUAGGACCAAUGGUGUACGUGGUUCUGAGUGAGAUAUUCCCCUUGGGAAUACGCGGCAAAGCAGUGUCUGUAGUUUCUGCAGUAAACUGGGGCACCAACCUCAUCAUUUCCCUGACGUUCCUCACUGUGACAGACAAGAUUGGCCUUCCCAAUGUCAUAUUCUUGUAUGCUGCAAUGAGCUUUGCUCUUCUGGUGUUUGUGAUUUUGUACAUACCUGAGACCAAAGGGAGGUCACUGGAACAGAUCUCAAAGGAAUUAGCCAAGAAAAACCACCUUGAAGACCGAAUAUGCUACAGAGUGAAGCCUAAAAUGGACACUUUGAUUUCAAUGAAACGGGACAGUGAAAACGGCUCAAACUAAGAAUAUAUACCUCAGAAGUUAAUGUCUGUAUUACGAAACGGCACAAAAAAGGCUGCUUUUUGUGAUAUGUUGGGAGAUUCAGUUUCUCUCACAGUAAAUGGUAAGAUAUUGUUUAUGACGAAGUUGGGCAAAACACUUGAAGAACAAAAUUAGAAAAAAAUCAGCAGCUUGUAUGAGGAUUUGCCUGAAGUACUGAAGUAUGUACUGUACAUUGAGAUCACAAGACUCGCCAUGCGGGAACUGGGCUAUACCGUGCUCCAUAGACAUCAGCAUUUCAGUUGUAGCAACAAGCCCGACUGCUUUCUUCAGCUCAAAACAUACUUGAUGGACGUGAUAAGUGUGCUGACUGUCACAGGCACUGAGUGUAAAGUGUGUUGUGGUUAACACCGUUGCUAGUCUGGACUGAAAACAGACCACACCAGUUUAAGUGCCUUCUCAUGAAAUUAUUCAUUAAAAUUAACUAUACCUUAAUUUUAACUUUUAACCUUCAUUUCAUUGAGUAAACCUGCUGCUCCGUCACUCAUUACUGCAGUCACUCAGGUGUUUUAUAACAAGGGGGAAGCUCCAUCUGUGUGGGAUAUCUUUCCUUAUUUUAAUGUCUAAUCAUGUUUUAUUUUGUGAUUGGAAAACAUUGACAUGUGAGGAUUAUUUUACUAUUACACAAAUGACAUAGUGUAUGGUCAAACAUUGGAAUCUGUGUACGUAUGUGUGUACAAGUCACUCUGGAUACGAAUGUCUAUUAAUGGACUUUUUUAAAAAUUCCUGUCAAUCUUAUCAACUGCAUUGACUGUCUAAUGGAAGCAAAUUUGCUUCAUAUAAGCUUAGUCUCAGAUGUGAUAGAGCACAGUACAAAUAUGUAUUCCACUUUCCCCCCCCCCAGUUGUGUGAAAGGAGCCUUAACAAUACAGAUACUUUAAAUAGCAAAUUCAAUAGAACACUGCAAUGUUUAGACAUUCUGAACACUGUGCCAAUCUGCUUGACAUCUAAUGUUUGUAUUAGACAUGAUAGCUGCAACGCAGCCUGCAGUGCUUAUACCCUCUGAGAUGCCAAUUCAUGUUUUUCAGGACCUGUGCUGAUUAAUUAGCACAAUGUUUCAUGAGGACACACAGGUUUUACAGUAAAUAUAAAACCCAACAUGGCCACCCACAGUAUGCUCAGCCAACUACUUAACACAUGUACACCUUGAAUAAGAAUUCUUGAAUAAGAACAAGUACUGUACUAAUUGUCAAAGCUGAACUGUUAUCUGGGGGGAUGGAUUCAUGUAGUGGUUCCAAAGUUAGGGUAUAAUUUUUGCAAUGUAGAGCUCAGACGGCAAAGUGAAUGAUUGUAAGUGUGAUUGCAAUAUUAGCAAGUGAUAAAAAUCCUUAAUUCACACCUUGAGUUUUUCAUGUUGCCACCGAUGUCUUGUAGCUGAGCUUGAUGACUGGAUUCUUCUGGUCCAAUUAAAAGCGUAAAUGAUCAGUGUCUUCCAUAAUAAAAAAAUGCAUUACUAUUUU